CUCCUUCCAUAGGCCUUGCUUUAGAACAGGAAGUGCUGGUCCAACAAGCUGAGCUAGCUAGCUAGUUGCAGUCAGGUGGAGUUAGCUCGGCAUUUAAACUCAGUUAGUCGCAAUGGGGCUGUUCGGCAGAACACCAGAUAAACCACCAAAGGACCUGGUCAAUGAGUGGACUCAUAAAAUCAGGAAGGAAAUGAGAGCGAUUGACAGACAAAUUCGAGAUAUUAAAAAGGAAGAAGACAAAGUUAAAAGAUCCAUCAAAGAUGCUGCCAAAAGGGGCGAGAAGGAGGUGUGUGUGAUUCUCGCAAAGGAGAUGAUUCAUUCAAAACGAGCUAUCUCAAAACUUUACGCAUCCAAAGCCCACAUGAACUCUGUGCUGCUCAGCAUGAAGAAUCAGCUUGCUGUGCUGCGUGUAGCCGGGGCCCUGCAGAAGAGCACAGAAGUGAUGAAAGCGAUGCAGAACCUAGUCAAAAUCCCAGAGAUCCAGGCCACCAUGAGGGAUCUAUCAAAGGAGAUGAUGAAGGCUGGCAUCAUUGAGGAAAUGCUGGAAGACACAUUUGAGAGCAUGGAAGAUGGAGAGGAGAUGGAGGAAGAGGCAGAGGCAGAGGUUGACAAGAUCCUCUUUGAGAUCACAGCAGGUGCUCUUGGCAAAGCGCCAAGCAAAGUCACAGACGCCCUGCCUGUCAUACAACCCGCUGCGGCCGCUGCAGCUUCAGAGGAUGAGUCAGAGGAAGACAUGGAAGCGAUGCAGUCGAGAUUGGAAGCUCUGAGGAGCUAAGGUGAACUGCCACUCUUCUGUCAAAGUCAGACUGCUCCCUCCAAAAAGGACAAUUCUGGUGCUGGGCUUACAGUGCUGAGCAUCCUCUCCGCUUCAUAUUAUACUUAUGAUUUCACAUAAUCAUUUGGGGUUGGCUUUCUGCUACGACAGUUAAUGUCUUUAAAAAGUUUUUUUUAUAUAGAACGUGUGGCUACUCAACCAGAAGAAAAACUGUUUUUGCUUUUUGUCUCUUAUUAUCGGGGGUAACCCUAGGUAAGUCUUUAUUAUCCAAAGUCAAACAGAAGGUUUAAGAAAGUGUAUAUAAUGUAAGUAUGAAAAGCCUGCUGUGCCUACAGUGCGUCAUCAUAUUAUUCUGUCCUAAGUUAUGGACUGGUGGUGGAGGUACUUGGGUGUUUAUGAUCCAAACAAGCAAAUAAAUAUCCACCCUGCACAUAAAUCACUCCCUAGAUCACUAUUCGGCAGUUGUUCUAAUCUGGUCGGAUACAUUUUGUAAGCAACAGCUGUUCUGUUUACUGGUAACUAGCCUACAUUAUCUGAAACACUAGAGAUGGUUGGGUGGAUUUCUCCUUUUGAUAGUUCAUUUUCUGUACAGUCAAAAUGUAUCUAUUCUAUAUGUGGUCAUACAUGUUAAGUGCACUCGUCAGAAAAAAUGCACACAUACUAUCCUAAUCAAUUUUUAUUUGCAUUAACAUUCAGCUCGUUAAAUGUUUGACUUUGUAUCACAAUUGAGUUCCUUCUCAGCAGGAAGAUGCAGAGGAAAUGGAAAGGUCGGUUUGUGCAGAACCUAUGUAUUGUGGAAGUAUUGUGCGUAUAAUUUUUGUAUGUCAAUGGGGGGAAAAAAUAAGGAAAUAAACUUUUAAGAACAAA